GAAUAUUCCUGCGUGGCCUGCGUCAGUGUGCGUGAGAAUGAACGCACGCCGAUAUGGCGAAGUAAUCUUUGGUAUGAAGGGAUAAAAUCUCCUUUGUCUGCUGCACCUGAUCGAGUACCAGCGUGAGGACUACAGCCAGUGCGGACCGAUGAGGUCAGAGAGCAUGCCGGGAAGUAUGCAAGUUCACAUGGAGCUCUGCAAAUCAACUCCAGACAACAUAUGCAGGGUGUCGGCACUGCUGUCUUUGCGGGUCCAGCCGUCUGUAAACUGACGCCACAAUGAGUCUGGUUCUUCACGAUCUGCUGGCCUGCUGCAGAGGCUUGGAAAAUGACAAGGCUACAGAGAGGAAGAAAGAAACCGAGCGCUUCAAAAGACUCAUUCGGUCGAAAGAGGUCAUCCAAGAAUUGGAUCGCACCUCUGGGACUAAAGCUAAAAGCUCCAGUCAGCUCACAUGGGACGCUGUGUUCAGGUUCCUGCAGCGUUACGUCCAGAAGGAGACGGAGAGCCUGCAGUCGAGUAAAUCCAACGUCACAGCGACCACGCUGGCCACGCGGCAGAAGAAGAUGGCUGAAACGUGCUGUUUGGUCAAAUUCUUCAUUCGCUACGCAAACAAACGUGGGCCUCGUCUGAAAUGCAGCGAGCUGCUGAGACACGUGAUGGAGGUGCUGCAGAGUCCCUUCCUCUGCUCAGCGUACGGAGAAAACUACAGCAGCCUCCUGUUGAAGGACAUCCUCUCUGUCCGCAAGUACUGGUGCGACAUCCCUCGGCAGCAGUGGCAGAGUCUUUUGGAGUUGUACUGUGGCUUGUUCAGCUCCUCCUCCAAAUCCAUCAACCGAGUGCUGCUGAGCAGAGUCAUCUACGCGGUGGUGAAGGGCUGCUGCACACAGACCGAGGGAUUCAACGACGCAAUGUUCACCUUCUUCUCUAAAGCUAUGCUCAACGCCAGGCAGGAGAAACACCUGAGUGUCCUGGAGCAUCUGGUGUCGGCGCUGAACGUCUUCCUGAGGGCCGCCGCCAUGAACUGCCGGAUGAGGGUGUGUCGCCUCGGAGAGGAGCUGCUUCCCUCUCUGCUGAACGUCUGGGCGGACAUGAGGCCGAGCGCCAACCUCAAGGAGGAGAUCGUGGAGUUCUUCAACCUGCAGCUCCGGGUCCACCAUCCGAAGGGAGCCAAGACGCCGGACGCAGGCGCUCACGCGGAGGACUGGACCAGGUGGCGCAGUCUGCUGUACAGCCUGUACGACGCCUUGGUCAGGGAGAUCAGCCACAUCGGCAGCAGAGGGAAGUACGUGACGGGCACCAGGCACAUCGCCGUCAAAGACGACCUCAUCGAGGUCACUGCCGACAUCUGCCACCAGCUGUUCAGCGAUGACGGCGACGCCCACGCGCUGGAGGUCACUCAAGGCUCGCUCAGAGGGAUGCAGGUGGGCAGCCCCGGCCACGGAGCGGCCAGCAAGCGCCGACGCAUCGAAAUGGGCUGGGACGUUCUCCGCGACCACCUGCAACCGCAGCAGAGCGACUUCGACGUCAUACCGUGGCUGCAGAUCACUGCGGCGCUGGCCUCCAAGUACCCGUCCAUGGUGCCGGGCAGGGAGCUGGUGCAGCUGCUGUCGGUGCUGUGUCAGCUGCUGGCGGAGCAGCGGAGAGGAGACCGGGGGCCGUACGUGCUGCGCUGCCUCAGGGAGGUGGCCCACUGCCAGGCCCGCAUCCCGCAGAGAGCCCAGGUCCACAGGGCGGAGCUGGGCAGGAUCUGGGCUCGGAUAUGGCCCCUGGCGCUGCGCGGGGUCAGCUCGCCUCAGACCGAGUCCCUCAGCCUGGACCUGCUGGCCUCCAUCGUCCACAGGGGGCUGGUCGACGCCGACAGGGAGUUCUGGAAACUCUUCCGCGCGUCGGCGUGCAAACCCACCUGGAGCGCGGCGCUCUGUCUUGCCCAGGCCAUGCUGACGUGGCCGAUCCCGAAGAACGUCCUGUCAAGUUCAGGUGUCGACUACACGGGCGCCCCGGAGGGGAGCGCCUCACCCAGCAUGAAGGAGAGCCUCAUAGCCUGGCUGCUGAUGAGCGACCAGAACGAUGAGCUGGAGGACAGCUGCACACCUCACCCCGUGAUCUGCAGAGACUUUCCUCAUAAUCUUAUAGCCGGCAUCCUGGUUUCGCUGACCUUCAAAGACACCAGGGCGGGGCUGAAGUUUCUGCUGGGUGCUGAAGGGCUAAAAAGUGCCUCUCUCCAAGAAGACGUUUCCCCCGACGCCAAAGACGAGCUGGAAGACAUCGAGACGCUGUACCAGCAGUUCAGCUUCAACGCGCCGCCGUCGGAGGUCAGCGCGACCGCCGGCGACGCGGGGAAGACCGCGCCGGCCGAGAUCCCGCCGGCCGCCGUCCCCGCCCUCAAGAGCAGGCUGGAAAGGAGCCUGCUGUCCGUGGCUGACAGCCUGCUCAGCUGCUACUCCCCCGACUCUCAGUCCACCCCCCCUGAGUGCCUGGUGCGCUGUGUGAGCCAGCUGACGGGCGCGCUGGCCGCUUUCGUCUCCACGGGGCUUCUGGCAGAGGAGGAGGCCUGCCGCUCGCAGCUUUUCACCAAAGCCAAGGCUGUGGCCCAGGACCUCAGCGGCUUCGUUUCCAGCGUGAAGGUGAAGAUGAGCGAGGAGGGAACCAUGUCCGCUCUCAGGUCGCUGAUGAAGCUCUGCACGCGCUGCACCAGCAGAAGAGCUACGGGUCACGUCGGAUCACUCUCCUCGCGUUUGUUUUUGAUGACUCUGCCCCCCGGCCUGCUGAAGGAGCUGGCAGAGAUCUGCAAACUGCUCGUGCUGAACAACGUUUCUAAGCGAGCCGGCGUGGCGGACGACGACGACCAGAUGGAGGACGAGUGGGAAACGACCAGAAAUCCCCCGGCGGGUCACGACAUCGACCUGUUUGAAGACGGCGAGGAGGCCCAGAGCAGCGCCAACGGGAGCCACGGGCAGAAGGAGGACAGCGCCGACGCCUCCUGCGGCCCAGGCGCCAAAAGCCUCCUGACAGACGACUGUCUGGGAAAGCAGGACCUGGCUCUCCUUGCAGUCCUGGACUUCCUGUGCGAGUGCAGCUCCGCCCAGCCCCCCCAUGGCCUCCUCUUUACUCCUCAGGAGGUGCGGCGCAGGCUGCUGCUCCUGCUGGAGGACGUCGACUUCGGCAAAUCUCUGCACCUCAACACGUAUCUCGUGCUGCUGAAGAAGCUUCCUGCCGAGGACUCGCUGUCUCCGGAGGAGUUUGAUGCCCUGCUCCGUCCUCUUGCGGACUUGUGCUCUUUGUAUCGGCAGGACCAGGAGAUCUGCGCCGCCGUGCUGCUCAGCUUGUUGCCCUCCAUACAGAGCCUGGGGAAGACCAGUCACACGGCCGAGGAGAUGAGACACGUCCAGGGAUCCCUCCUGCAAGUCCUGUCCGGCUUCUGCUUCCUGAGCCAGACGGGCAAAUGUGUGGCGACCGUGCGAGCCGCUUUAGUUCAGUGUCUCGUGGCCCUGCUGGAGGCCGACCCGCUGUGCGACUGGGCUACCCUGACUCUCAGAGGGGCGGAGACGGAGAGGGACGCUCCCGUGUCGUCUGUUCUUCCAUCUCACCUGGCAGAUGCCCACCACCACGUCCGCAUGCUGGUCGCUCUGUCCGUGGAGAGGCUGUUUCUGGAUUUAAGACCCAAUCAGUCAGACAAGAGGAGGAUGCUGCCGCUAAAGCACCAGCAGGCAGCGUUUGAGAACAUCUACCUGAAGGCGCAGGAGGGGAUGAGGCUUCCGAGGGGCAGCUCCUCCGAGGACACGCCGGACGAAACGCUGAACCGCAAAGCCACGCUGCUGAGGAGCCUGUCUGUGGUUCUGUGCUGCAGCCCCGUGUGUGAGAAGCAGUGCCUCUUCGCGCUCCUCCAGUCCUACAAAGAGAACAACGUGGAGGAGGAGCUCAUCAAAAAGAUGUUAUGCAGCGUGUCCAAAGUGCAGAGCUACAGGAGCGUGAAGGCGUUCAUCGCCUCCCACCUGUACUACCUGGUAGCAGAGUGGCUCGCACAGAGGCAGUCAGACGACCGCUACACUCUCGGCUCUUUCCCCUACAGCCUGCUGGACCACGACACAGUCAAAGAUUUCUACGACUCCUGCUACCAAGUGCUGAUCCCCCACCUGGUCUUCCUGGACGACUUCGAGCAGGUGAGGUCCAUCGGCCGGUGCCUGGAGAGGGACUGGAGGGACUUGCUGGCCGACUGUUUCCCCAAGAUCAUGGUGAACAUCCUGCCGUACUUCGCCUUGAAAGGCCAGGACUCCCAGGUGGCGCAGCGGAGGGAGAAGGCGCACAGAGUGUACGACCUCCUCAAAGACGCCAGCUGUCUGGGCAAGCAGCAAAUUGACAGCCUGAUUCACAGUAACCUGGCGGACAUCGUAGUGGAGCUGCUGAUGACUCUGUAUGAAGGCUGCGCUGCCGACGGAGACACGGGAGACCUGAAACGCUUCACCGGAGAGCUGGACCCCGUGCCAAACCCACCCUACUUCAGCUCGUAUGUCAUCAAAGCCACCCUGGACUACCUCAGCAAAUGCCACAGCGCCAACCACAAGUCCCUGGUGGCCAUUCUGUCCAAAACCCCGCUCUCCAUCCAGAAGAUCCUGCUGGCGGUGUGUGAAAAAGCAGCAGAGACGACCAACGGCUACGAGCGCCACCGCAUCCUCCUCAUGUACCAUUUGUUCGUCGGCCUGCUGCUCAGGGAGGUGAAGGACGGCCUGGGAGGAGCCUGGGCCUUCGUCCUCAGAGACAUCAUCUACACCCUCAUUCACCACAUCAACAGCAGGCCGCCCCAGCUCGACGAGGUUUCCAGCAGGAGCCUCUCUCUGUGCUGCGACCUACUCUCCGCCGUGUGCCAGGCAGCGCUGCAGUUCUGCGACGACGCUCUAGACUGCCACCUUCAGGUGAUUGUGGGGACCCUCAGCGCUCAGGUGACCAGUCAGCCGCUCAUUUCCAAGCAGGUGCUGAGUCUGCUGCAGUUCCUCGUAAUAGAGAACCAGCAGAAGCUAAAAGGAGCCAUCAGCAGGUUGGAGCCUUUCUCCGACAUCCCCGAGUUCAGGGAGCUGCGCUCGGUGCAGCAGAAGCUCAAAUACAACAGCGGCGACUUCACGCUGAGACAGGAAAUAACUCAUUUCCUGUCCGCGUCGCCGUGCGACUCUUUACCUCUGACCAGACUGGAGGGCUUAAAGGAGCUGACCCGACAGCUGCAUCGCAACAAAGACCAGAUCCGAGAGCUGCUCAGGGAGUGCCACGCUAACCCCAGUGACAGCGCGCUGGUGAAACUGGUCCUCAGUCUGCUGCAGCUCUGCAAACUGGCCGCUAAUCACCCCGGAGGAGUCGACAUUCUAGAGGCUGCAGGCACGUGUCUCGGCGAGCUGGGUCCAGUUGACUUCUCCACCAUCGCCCUGCUGCACGGCAGGGACCCCCUCUACGAGAGAGCCGCGUCUCUCUUCAGCCCCGACGCCUUGCAGCACCUUUACAUCAUCCUCAGCUGCAUGAACGACGCGCUGACACAGCAGAGCAUGGAGGUGAGGCGCGCUGCAGCUCAGUGCGUGAAGAGCAUCCUGGCCACUCAGUCCGGCGUCGAUUUCUGGGAGCAACACAAAGACAGCGGGGACCCCAUGCUGGCUUACCUCAAUCCGUUCAGGACAGCCAAACACAAGGCGGCUGCUGUGAGCGCCGAGGAGAGUUCAGAGGCCAAACGGAGGCUGCAGAGCCAGGAGCUGUGGGUCCCGCAGGCGGGCGCUCACAGGGCCUGGCUGAAGGCUCUGAGCACAGCGCUGCUGGACAGUGGAGGGGUGAGGAGCGAGGCUCUGCUGCUGUCACGGCCCCUGUGUCUGGUGAUGGAGGACUGCUGCCAGAGGCUGCUGCCCCUCAUCAUCCACUCCAUCCUCCUGGACGACCCCGACGGCUCCUGGAGGGAGCUGCUCUCCUCCCACGUUCAGGACUUCUUCAGCUUCUGCUCCCGCAGCGCUCAGGCCGCCAGCAGAUCGGCCACGCCUCUCAACUCUGACUCCGAGUCGGACUCUGCCAGCCAGGGUUUGUACGACAAGACCUCCCUGCGGACCAUGCUGGCCGUCGUUGACUACUUGAGACACCAGCAGAGACCGGUGCAGGCUGAUAGGUUAGUCCUCAUUGACUCCUGCGGCACCGUGUGCGACUCCAACUUCUGGCUGGAGCUGAACUACCUGGAGGUGGCCGGGGCCGCCCAGUCCUGCUCGGCUCACUUCACCGCUCUGCUCUACACGGAGAUCUACGUGGACAAGAUCAGAGCCGACAUGGAGGAGAGCUGCAGAACCAGGUCCAGAGCCACGCGCAAGAUCAACUUUGAGGACAACAGCCAGAACUUCACCAUCUCCAGCCUGACCCAGAAGAGUAUGGAAAACACCAACAUCAGUCUGCAGGAGCUGCUGAUUGAGGUGUAUCGCAGCAUCGGGGAGCCUGACAGUCUUUACGGCUGUGGGGGAGAAACGAUGACCAGUCCUCUCACCAGGAUACGAACGUACGAACACGAAGCGAUGUGGGGGAAGGCCCUGACUUCCUAUGACCUUCACUCUGCUCUGCCUGAAGUGACCCGACUCGUAGGAAUCGUGGAGGGCCUGCAGAACUUUGGGCUGAGCGGCAUCCUCGCCACCUACAUGAGGGGGCUGGAGAGCGAAGGCGUGGAGUGGGGCGCCGAGCUGCGGGAGCGCCGCUUUCAGGCGGCCUGGAGGAACACGCAGUGGGACUGUGAGCAGUCGGAGAGAAGCGACAAAUCCAACCCGGGCUUCCACGAAUCGGUGUUUUGCGCCCUGCAGGCCCUGAGGGACAAGGAGUUCUCCGUGUUUGAUGACACCCUGAAGCGAGCCAGGGCGGCUGAGGUGGAGGAGCUCUGCAGAGGCACCCUGGAGGCCGUGUCUUCCCUGUAUCCGGCCCUGAGGAACCUGCAGAGCAUCAGGGAGCUGGAGCGCGUCAAGCAGCUCUUCGUGAGGCCCUUCUCAGACGUGACUCUGAGAGAGGUGUGCAGCCAGUGGCGGCAGCACUCCCAGCUGCUUGUGGACAGUGACUUUGCGGUGGUGGAGCCCAUCCUGGCCCUGCGCUCUGUGGCCCAGCACACCCUGCUGUCCAGAACGGAGGACGCAGACGGCAACCAUCAGCUCAGCUCUGUGCUCACCGACCACCUCAUGGAGUUCUGCCGCCUGGCGCGCAGAGCUGGCAACACGCAGCUCGCAGAGCGGGCGGUGUAUCAGAUGAAGCAGCACGGCGAUGGAGGGACCGCGGCGGCGUCACCUGUGUCGUCGUGGCAGCUGGAGGAGGCCCAGGUGUUCUGGGCGAAGGGAGAGCAGGGUCUGGCUCUGGGCCUGCUGAGGCAGAUGAUACACAGCCUAGAGGAAAAGGUUGAUUUUAACCCAGCUCUGGCUCCGCUCUUCACCGAGUGCCUCCGGCUGUGCGGCAACUGGCUGGCGGAGACCUGCCUGGAAAGUCCUGGAGUCAUCCUGGAAAAGUACCUGGAGAGGGCGGUGGGGGUGAUCCAGGGGGACUCGGGGGCCCAGGACCCCAGGCUCCAGGGCCAGCGCACCGAGGCCUUCUUGUCCCUGGCCCGCUUCUCUGACGCUCAGUACCAGAGCAUCGACAAGUACAUGAACUCGUCCGAGUUCGAGAACAAGCAGGCGCUGCUGGAGAAGGCCAAGGAGGAGGUGGACCUGAUGAGGGAGCGUAAAGUCACCUCCAACAGGUACACGAUAAAGGUGCAAAGGGAGCUGCAGCUGGACGAAAGGGCGCUGUCCAACCUGCGCAGCGACCGGCAGCGCUUCCUGUGCAAGGCGGUGGAGAAUUACAUCCAGUGUCUGGGACAGGGAGAGGAGCACGACACCUGGGUGUUCCGGCUGGCUUCGCUCUGGCUGGAGAACGCCGACAUUAAGGAUGUCAACGACAUGAUGAAAAGCGGCGUGAAGCAGAUCCCGUCCUACAAGUUUUUGCCGCUCAUGUAUCAACUGGCCGCCCGCAUGGGAACCAAAAUGGCGGCCGGCGCCUCGGAGGACACCGGAUUCCACGACGUCCUCAAUGACCUCAUCUGCAAGGCGUCUCUGGAUCACCCUCACCACACGCUCUUCAUCAUCUUCGCCCUGGUGAACGCCAACAAAGACGAGAGCUUCUGCAAGACACGGCCGUCCAAAAGCGCUCCGCGGCAGCCGUCGCAGUUUGAUCUGGAGCGCUCAGACGUGGCUCGCAAGAUCAUCGGCGUGAUCAGGAAGAAGCGAGGCGGCUUGGUGCGAGGGAUGGAGCGUCUGUGCGACGCCUACAUCACCCUGGCUUACAUGGACGCCAGCAGGCACAAAACGGAGAAGAAGGCCAUCCCCAUCCCGGCUGAUCAGCCCGUCAUGCAGCUCAGAGACCUGGACGAGGUGGUCAUCCCCACCAUGGACAUAAAGGUGGAUCCGUCGGGCCGCUAUGAGAACCUGGUGACGGUUAGAUCCUUCCUGCCCCACUAUCACCUCGCCGGAGGAGUCAACCUGCCCAAGAUCGUGGACUGCGUGGGCUCUGACGGGGUUAGCAGGAGGCAGCUGGUCAAAGGCCAGGACGACCUCCGGCAGGACGCGGUCAUGCAGCAGGUCUUCAGCAUGUGCUCCAUGCUGCUGCAGCGCAACACCGACACGCGGAAACGGAAGCUCAACAUCCGGCGCUACAAGGUGGUGCCGUUCUCGCAGCGCAGCGGCGUGCUGGAGUGGUGCUCGGGCACGGUGCCCAUCGGGGAGUUCCUGGUGGAGCCCAGCCGCGGGGCCCACAGGCGCUUCCGGCCCCAGGACUGGACCAACAUGGCCUGCCGAAAGAAGAUGAUGGAUGCUCAGAGGCAGGGCUUUGACGAGAAGCUUGAGGCCUACAGCGAGGUGUGCAGGAAGUUCAGACCCGUCUUCAGGUACUUCUGCAUGGAAAGGUUCCUGGAUCCCGCGGUGUGGAUGGAGAGGCGGCUAGCUUACACGCGGAGUGUGGCCACUUCCUCCAUAGUUGGCUACAUCGUCGGCCUCGGCGACAGACACAUCCAGAACAUCCUGAUUGAUGAGCAGACCGCCGAACUAGUGCACAUCGACUUAGGCGUAGCCUUCGAGCAGGGGAAGAUCCUGCCCACCCCAGAGACUGUCCCCUUCAGGCUCUCCAGAGACAUAGUGGACGGGAUGGGGAUCACCGGCGUGGAGGGGGUCUUCAGGAGAUGCUGUGAGAAGACGAUGGAGGUGAUGAGGAGCUCUCAGGAAGCUCUGCUGACCAUUGUAGAGGUGCUGCUGUACGACCCUCUGUUCGACUGGACCAUGAACCCUCUGAAGGCCUUUUACCUGCAGCACGACGAGCAGCAGGAGCUCAACGCCACCCUGACCUCCACCAUGGGUGGAGAGGACCUGGACAACCACCGUAAAUCCAGCGACAGCCAGAGCUUCAACAAGGUGGCGGAGAGGGUGCUGCUGCGGCUGCAGGAGAAGCUGAAGGGGGUGGAGGAGGGAACGGUGCUCAGCGUGAAGGGGCAGGUCAAUCUGCUCAUUCAGCAAGCCAUGGACCCCAAGAACCUCAGCAGACUCUUUCCAGGAUGGCAGGCCUGGGUGUAGACCCCGGGGGGUCCGGCUGUGCGCCUGCUUUCACCGGGCUAGCACGGACCCAGCAGACUUUGGGGGGUCGGCCUCAGCCAGCUGUUGCACUUUAACACAAAGUGGUGGAUCGGACGAAGGCGUGACUGAAGACGUGGAGCGGAGGAGCGCUCUGCAGCAGACCUACGGUUCCCUUUGUGAAUGCUGGUCUUUAACCGUGUUUGACCCGGUUUGGUUUGAAUGUUUUCUCUUUACUGAAGUAUGAAUCUGUCACCGUGACCACCCAAAGAACAGGCUUUAUGACUUUGUGUAAUAUUUAGCCUUAUGCAAUGCAUGCCAUCCUUUUUUAGCACACUUUUUAGCCGUUCCUGCCUUUUCCCUCCUUCUUUAUUAGAUUACGGUUUUAUUUCAUACAUUUAGUACCAAUUAAUAAGAGUACAGAAAGAUGUCAUCUGCACAGUUUGUUGACCUACAGAAGAGCUACUUCUGCUGAUAUGAAAGUUUUUUUUUCUUCUAUUCAUAUCUGUGUUGUACUGAGUAAAUAAAAGUCAUCAGUGGUUUUAGAACAAA